AUGAUCACUAAAACUAAAAGAUAUAAAAAGUAUGGGCCUGAGCAAAUCGCACGCUUUAUAAACAUACUACAGGAAACAGGGGAAACUAUACCAAAAGCAGCUGAAGCUUGUGGCAUACCUACCAGCAAUGCUUAUAGACUUCUAAAACAGUUUAAUGACAGUAACGGAACCAUUCUUACAGGUAGUACAUCUACACAAAAAGGAAAAGCGAAACCAAAAAAGCUAUUUCCUGUCCAUACCGCCUUUUUGAUCCAG